GCAAGCCAAUUCGCCGUCCAAAUAUUCUAGAAGGCUUUCCAACACGAGUAAAGUGAGUGAUCGAGUGAGACUUUUUUCUUGCACAAGUCUCUGAGAAUAGAAUAGAAGAGAAUGGCUUUGUUUGGCAGAGGCACAGUUGCAGCAAUACGUCGUAGCGCUUUAAUUUUCACCUCCAACUCUAAUAAGAGCUUAUUCCGCAGCCACCCAUUUUCCGCACCCAUUUCUCUCAACGUUUCAAACUCCAACGCGAUUCAUCGGCACUUCAGUUCCACCAAGAAGCCCGUGGACACCAAGGUCAACUUCUCCCUCUCCGACACAGACGACGAAGACAACAAAGAAAACGGCACGAGCAAGAAGGCAGUGCCACCCCCUUACGAUCCCUUCAGCAAGAAGCCCGCAGUAGAAGAUCCCUCCUCGGACCCAAAGGACCUGCAACAGAUAUUCCACAACAUGAGAACCGGCGACGGCUUAUUCAGCCACGCAGUCAAGAUGUUCGACGCAUUGUCCAAAGAGGGUCUCACCCACGAAGCCCUGGAGCUCUUCGCCCAGAUCAAGGACAAGGGCCACAUGCCCGACGUGGUGGCCCACACCGCCGUCCUCGAGGCCUACGCCAACGCCGCUCAGCCAAAAGAGGCUCUCAAGGUUUACAUGCGCAUGUUGGCUUCUGGGGUCUCUCCCAAUGCUUACACCUAUGCGGUUCUUAUCAAGGGUCUUGCUGCUGCUGCUGAUGUUAAGUUUGUGAAGGAAGCUAGUAAGUACGUUUUGGAGAUGAUGGAUAAGGGAAUGAAACCUAAUGUGCAGACUUAUGCUUGUGUGUUUGAGGGGUUGGUGAGGGAGGAGAAGCUUGAUGAGGCUGCACGCUUGUUGGAGCAGAUGAAGGGUAAGGGGUUUGUUCCUGACGAGAAGGCUGUGAGGGAGGUUCUAGCCAGUAAAAGAGGGCCUGUCUUUAGAAAUGUUAUCGACGUUCUUUUUGGUAAGUAGUGAAAACUCACUCGUCAUCGGUUGUAAAAUUAGGUGAGGCAUACAUAAUUUCGCCAACAAAUCAAGAUCCUUGUUUUUGCUUUCAUUUUACUUUUAUCCAUUGUAUUUGCAUUGCAACAUGCACUGCAACAUUUCCAAUUGCAAAUCAAACAAGCACUAACAGAGAUGGUUUGGAAUUAGAUUGACAUGAGCAUUUUGUUGUCUUCGGUUUUAUAU